AUCCAAAAUCCUCAUUCCUCAUCAUUCUAUCAAAACCUUCUCAAGUUGAGUUUAGUGCCGUUUGGUAAUCGGAAGAAUGGCUCGUACAAAGCAAACUGCCCGGAAGUCUACCGGCGGAAAAGCUCCCAGGAAGAGUCUUAGUGUGAUUAAGGCUGCCCGGAAGCAAGUCCCAACAACCGGUGGGGUGAAGAAGCCGCACCGUUAUCGUCCAGGAACAGUUGCUCUCCGUGAAAUCCGAAAGUAUCAAAAGAGUACAGAGCUGCUGGUGAGGAAACUGCCGUUCCAGAGGCUGGUGCGGGAAAUAGCACAGGACUUCAAGACGGAUUUAAGGUUCCAAAGCCACGCCGUUCUGGCUCUCCAGGAGGCGGCCGAAGCGUACUUGGUUGGGCUGUUCGAAGACACCAAUCUCUGCGCCAUUCAUGCUAAGCGCGUCACCAUCAUGCCCAAGGACGUCCAGCUUGCCCGCCGUAUUCGCGGCGAGCAACCUAUUAAAUCUUGAUUUUCUUUUUUCUUUUAUUAAUGAUAAUAGUAUGGUAGUCUAUAAGCGGCUUAAUUAAUUAAGCACCACCUCUAGUACGUACGUUACGCAGCUGUUUGUUAAUUUGGUCGAUCAGUUACUUUGUUAAUUCCUAGUAUUCCGUAUGAAUGUAUUAUAUGCAAGGUUGAUGACUUUUGACUUGAUGAUUGUUUUUUGGGAAAUUGCACUUUCAAUCCCUUAAAGAGUGCCCAUAUUGAAACGUAAUGUCCGUGUUUUCAAGUUUUUAAACGUCAUCCCUGAAUUAUUCAAAUUAUUGUGAAUAUGGUUUUUUGAGAUGUGACAUUUAC